CUGCAGAUCGUGGCAUUGGAGAGACAGGUUUUUGACUUCCUGGGGUACCAAUGGGCGCCCAUUCUGGCCAACUUCUUCCACAUCAUCAUUGUCAUCCUCGGCCUCUUCGGCACCAUACAGUACCGACCACGCUACAUUGUAGUGUACACAGUGUGGACAGCUCUCUGGGUGACCUGGAAUGUCUUCAUCAUCUGUUUCUACCUGGAUGUGGGAGGCCUGACCAAGGAAAGUGACCUGCUGACGUUUAACAUCUCGGCUCACCACUCGUGGUGGAGUGAGCGCGGUCCAGGGUGUGUGAGGAGAGAGAUGACCCAGCCAGGGGUGGGCACUGUGGACAGCCAGUCCUACAUCUCUGUCAUGGGCUGUCUCAUGGAGUACCAGUACAUAGAGGUCCUACACAGUGCAACACAGAUCCUCAUCGCUCUCCUGGGCUUCGUGUACGCCUGCUACGUCAUCAGCGCCAUCACUGAGGAGGAAGACAGCUUUGAUUUUGUUGCUGGAUUUGACCCAUUCCCUCUCUACCAUGUCAAUGAGAAACCAUCCCAUCUCCUCUUAAAGCCCAUGUACCUGUCUACGUAAAUAGGGCAGAAGGCAACAUUGCAGGUUCCGAUGGAAACAAAGUGGCUGCUCUGACUGGCACAACAACAGUCCGAGAAUUCACUGGGGCAGGCCAGACGUUCCUCUGGUUCUCUACAUCUCUUCAGUACUUUAAACAUGUAAAUUACUGGUGCUCUGCUUAAUAAUGACUGUACUUCCCAGUUCUGUUCUGUUGUUAGUGGGAGGGAUGGAGAGUA